AUGUUUGGGGAGGAAGGGGGUUCAGCACCUGCCGCUGCUGACCCCGAGUCUUUAGUCGAAGCUGAUGCAGCACCCACGCCUCGCUCCUUGCAGAAUAAAUCCUGUUUGAAGCUGAGAUAUCUAUCAGAGAGCCCAGCAUCUAUCACAUACAGUCUACAAACCUGCCCCCGCCUGAGUAGUUGGCCUCGGCGGUUGUUGGUCAAGCUCCGAUCUGGGUCCUGGAUACGCAACUCGCAUGUGGUGGUUCUCCAAGACGGAGAUGAUAUCACUUCAAGUCGUGCUGUCGUCACUAUGUUCGAUACGGGCUGUCGCGGCAGGAACAAUCUCAUAUCGACACGGGCAUUGACAAAGAUAUUCGGUCUGAAGCUCGAGUACGCCGAAGAGCGUAUAAUUGCAACAUACCCUGACGGUCGAGCAUGUCUUAGCGUGGGCGAAAUCGACAUUCGCUGGUGGCCGGAGGAUGGCCGGCCGCGGUACGAAUUCAUUCGUGCCUACGUGCUCGAAUCGAAUGAAUUCGACCUCAUAGUUGGAGAGGAGACCAUCGAAAAUUAUCUCGGACAACUCCCGUUGUUCGGGGCCUUUAUGAGUAAGCCCGUAGCUCAUAAUGCCGCGACUGUUGCAAAGGAGCAACUGGAUGCUGAUGCACGACGCGAAGACCACCGAAGCGCCCGACAGAGACGGAAGGAACAAACUGUGGGUUACCCAAAAUCUCCAAUAGACGUGUCCUAA